CCUAACACAUUUUUCCCUAUUAAUGCAUGGUAUUUGAAAUGAGAAUGUAUAUAUAAUUGGUUGCUAGGGCAGAUUGGUGUUCGAGAAAUAUUGCGAGGCAAUGAAGGAGUUAUCUAUGAGAAUUGUAGAGAUGUUGGGGAGGAGUUUGAAAGUUGACCCAUCAUACUACAGGGAGUAUUUCGUAGAGGGUGUUUUGAUGUUGAAGUGCAACUUCUACCCUCGGUGUGCAGAGCCAGAGUUCACUCUAGGCACAGGCCCCCAUCGUGACACCAAUUCCCACACCAUUCUUUACCAAGAUGACCAAGUUCAAGGACUUCAAGUCUUUGUGGACAACCAAUGGAAGCUUGUGAGGCCUAUCUCUCACGCACUCGUUGUCGCCAUUGGUGACACCUUCCAGGCCUUGACAAACAAAAUGUACAAGAGUUGUUUGCAUAGGGCAGUGGUGAACAACGAGCAAGAGAGACUGUCGUUGGCAUUCUUCAUAUCCCCUGCAGAAGGAAAACCUAUAAAAGCACCUGAGGAUCUCAUCAGCAUAGACAAGCCAAGAUUGUACCCUGAGUUCACAUGGUCAAAUCUCCUCUACUACAUCCAAAACCAUUAUAGAGCUGAUGAUGCCACCCUCCAAAAUUUCUGCAAAUGGCUCCAAUCUACAUAAACUAUACCAAAGCUAUAACUGGA